AUGGAAUUCCAUUCAAUUGAUCAAAUCGGUCAUGCUACGGGGGAAGAUCACCAGCAAAUAGGGUUUAGAUUACCGGCACAUAAUCAAGCACCUGCUGCUUCCUCAGUACCAAGAGUUUCUAAUAAUCAAAAUCAACAAGGGGGUUCUUCAUUUCAACAAUGUUUCAAACGAUUUUCACGUAAACAAUGGAUUUGCAUUGGUAUAGCUGUCUUUAUAAUACUUUUAAUUAUUAUUAUUAUUGCUGCUGUUCUUGGCUCCAGAUCAUCGAAAAAUGAAACAGGAUGGUCAGUUUCUGGUAAAAUGAAUACUGGACGAUUUCGUCACACAACAUCCGUAUUAACAAAUGGAAAAGUAUUAGCUGUUGGUGGACAGAGUCAGAGUGGCAUUAUAAAUAGUGCCGAAUUGUAUGAUCCAUCAACAGGAUCUUGGACAAUUACUGGUAGCAUGAAUAAUACACGAAGAGAUCACAUAGCUGUCGUAUUGGUAAGUGGAAAGGUAUUAGUUACUGGUGGAUAUGGUACUACUGGUCUUCCUCUAAAUGCAUCUGAAUUAUAUGAUCCAGCAACAGGGAGCUGGACAACUAUUAGCUCCAUGAAUGCCCCACGAAGUGCGCAUACAGCAUCUAUAUUGUUAAAUGGAAAAGUAUUAGUUGCUGGUGGAAGUGGUGCUCCAAAUAGUGCUGAGUUGUAUGAUCCAUCAACAGGAACUUGGACAACUACUGGUUCCAUGAAUGUUGGGCGAAAUGUGCACAUAGCAUGUACACUAUCAAAUGGGAUGGUGCUAGUUGCUGGUGGAUCUGGCGUUGGUGCUGCAAAUAGUGCCGAAUUAUAUGAUCCAACUACAGGAAAAUGGACAACUACUGGAAAUAUGACCUAUGCACGAUCUUACCACACAGGGUCUAUAUUGAUAAAUGGACAAGUAUUAGUUACUGGUGGUGGAUAUAAUGAUAUUUAUUUGAAUAGUGCUGAGUUAUAUGAUCCAGUAGCAAGAACGUGGACAACUACUGGAGCCAUGAAUACUCAACGAUAUGAACAUACAGCAUCCAUAUUAGCAAAUGGAAAAGUAUUAGUUGCUGGUGGACUUCGUGCUUCUGGUGCUGAUGGUACUCUAAAUAGUGCUGAGUUGUAUGAUCCAGCAACACAAAUGUGGACAUAUACUAGCAGUAUGAAUGGUACACGCUUUUUUCAUGCAGCAUCGAUAUUAACAAACGGUCGAGUAUUAGUUACUGGUGGAAAUAAUCUUGGUAUUCCUUUAAACAGUGCAGAACUAUAUUAA